UAUAUUUCCAUUUUUACCCUUUCAUUUAAAUUAACACGUACCCCUCCUUUGAACUUCCUCUAUGACAAAUAAACAACGACCACCACCACCGCACCGUAACCACCACCACCACCAAACGCCGUCGUUCACAACAACGUGCAGAGAUCCAUUGCCGCUCCACGCUCUCGUGCAGUUACACCGAGUCUCACAUUGCAUCUCCCAGCAAUUUCGGUACCUUCAUUUCCUCAAUUUGAAGCUGCGUUGCGGUUUCUCGUGGUAAGGUGCACCGAUUGUUCCUACUGCACCUUCAAAUUCGUACCGUCCUACAAUUUCACACGAUAGAGCGUUGAUUGUUUUGCUGUAACGUUUUCUCCAUUGAUGCGAGGGUUUUCUUCUGAUCAAUUUCGUUGUUAUCAGAAUUUUCAGCAGACGCCUCAAUCGGAUGAUCGGUGAGGGUGCUGAUUCCGAUUUGAGGGAGGAUUAGGGUUUUCAGCGAAGGUUUUAGGGAUUUGUAGGGUUUAAGUAUGUUUCAGGUGGUGAUCUAAUUUGAAUCAGGCUUGUUUUUUUGGGGCUGAAUAGUGAAUCCCUUGAGGGUUAAUGAUGAUGAUGAUUGGUUGAAGAUGGUGAGGUUUUUAGGAUUGACUCGCGGGGUGGCGGAUGAACCGAGGGAAAUUGAAUCGAGGUCCAAUCUGACGAGUGAGUCCAGUGAAAAUGGUUGGCUCAUCAGGUUCUUUGACUCGUCGUUCUUCUGUGAGUGGAUUGCUGUUAGCUACUUGUACAAGCAUGAGCAUUCCGGGGUGCGUGAUUAUCUCUGUAAUAGAAUGUAUACACUUCCUUUGCAGGGAGUUGAGGGUUACUUGUUCCAAGUGUGUUACAUGAUGAUACACAAGCCGAGCCCGUCUUUGGAUAAGUUUGUCAUAGAUGUGUGCUCCAAGUCGCUUAAGAUUGCUUUGAAGGUGCAUUGGUUCUUGUUGGCGGAGCUUGAGGACACUGAUGAUAAUGAAGGGAUUAGUAGGAUUCAGGAGAAGUGCCAGAUUGGAGCCACCUUGAUGGGUGAGUGGCCACCUCUGAUAAAGCCUCAAAGCGCAGCUUCGAGCCCUGGAGGCAAGAACCAAGUUUUGAAUAAGAUAUUUUCGUCAAAACAGCGAUUUCUGUCGCUAACAUCUUCCCCGCUUACGCUGAGAUCUUUGUCAUUCUCCCCUUCUUCAGGAAACAAUUUGCAAGAGGAUGGUGGUCAGCAGUCUCCUGAAGAGAACAAGUUAUUUAGGAAAUUUAUGCCAGGUCCAAAGGUUAGAGAUGCUUUGCUUUUCAGGAAAUCAGUAGAUAAAGAUGAUGAUGACUCUGAAAAGGAUGGUUUUUUCAAGAGGCUUUUAAGAGAUAGCAAAAGUGAUGAUGAGUUCGGCCUGAAAAUUCGAGAUCUCUUUCGCAAGUCGUCUGAGAAAUAUGAUGAAGACUCUGAAAAGGAUAAUUUCUUUAAAAGGCUCCUAAGGGAUAGAGGGGAUGAUGAAGACUCUGAAAAGGAUAGUUUCUUUAGAAGGCUCUUAAGGGAUGGUAAAGGUGAAGAUGAGGAUUUGGCCUCUAGUUCAGAGGGAUUCUUCAAGAGAUUGUUUCGCGAUAGCAAGAAUGAUCCUGAGGAUAAAACACACGCUAAUAAAAGAAUGGAAGAUGAAGACAAAGAGGGAUUCUUCCGUAAGUUUUUCAGAGAGAAAUUUGAAGAUAAGAAGGAUGCAAAUGAUGGAAAUGUUGCUACUUCUGAAGAGAAGUGUAAGUCUGCUGAAGAGGAAGAAAGAGAAGGGUUUUUCCGGAAAUUGUUCAAGGAUAAAUUUGAAGAUAAAAAAGAUAGCAAUGAUAAAAUGGAGGAUGGUACUACCAUUGUUGAGGAAGAAGAGCCUUCUGAGUUUUCUUUGUUCAAAAGACUUUUUCGUGUGCACCCUGAAGAGGAUAAAAGUAGUCCAGCAAAUGAAAACGACAAUAGUGGUUUAUUUGAAAGUAGUCCAGGCACGGAAAACUUUUUCCGCAAAUUGUUUAGAGAUCGUGACCGCUCAAUUGAAGAUUCAGAGCUAUUGGGGUCAAAAAAGGAGAAAGAGAAGCAUCCUGGAUCGCUGAAGCAGCAAAAUGAGAAAUCAGGAACAAAGCCUCCACUUCCAAUUAAUACAUUGCAGUUCCGGAAAGGAGCUUACCAUGAGUCAUUGGAUUUUGUGCUUGCAUUAUGUGAGACAUCAUUUGGGUUAGUGGAUGUAUUUCCAGUUGAAGAUCGCAAACGUGCUCUCCAUGAGUCACUUGCAGAAAUCAAUUUACAUUUAACAGAAGCUCAGAAUACUGGAGGCGUUUGUUUUCCAUUGGGAAAAGGCAUGUACCGUGUGCUUCAUAUACCUGAAGAUGAAGCUGUUCUCUUGAAUUCUAGGGAGAAGGCGCCUUACAUGAUUUGCGUUGAAGUUUUGAGAUGUGAAAUGCCAAGCAAUUCCCGGGAGGCAUCCAGUUCCCAGAAACUUUCUAAAGGUGGAAUUCCUUUGGCAAAUGGAGAUGCUUUCUUACAAAAACCACCCCCUUGGGCUUAUCCAUUACAGACAGCACAGGAGGUGUAUCGUAAUAGUAACGAUAGAAUGUCCAAAUCAACUGCUCAGGCUAUUGACCAGGCAAUGAACCAUGCUUCUGGGUCAAAAAUAAAAUUUGUUAGUCUGGAUCUUUCUGUGGAAGCACAUUCACAUGGUCAACUGGAGAAGACUGAAGUGGAUCUACGUGGUAGCAGUCAGCAUUGUGCUUCAAUUCAUAGAGACAGUAUACAAGAAAUGACAAGCCCAAGACAUGACAGUGAUGUAGAUUGGGUGCGGGUAGUGUUGAAAGCUGAUCCUGGCAUUAGAAUGGAAGAUAUUGAGGAUCAGGCACCACGACGGCGGAAGGAACAUCGUCGUGUUCCAAGCACAGUGGCAAUAGAGGAAGUAAAGGCUGCGGCAGCAAAAGGGGAAGCACCUCUUGGACUCCCUUUGAAAGGUGCUGGUCAAGAUUCAUCAGAUGCCCAACCAAGGACUGAUGGAAUUACUCCCAAAGCCAGUGAUGCCUUGUCUGGUGAACUUUGGGAGGUAAAGAAAGAGAGGAUACAGAAGGCUUCUAUACAUGGGAAUGUGCCGGGUUGGGACUUGCGAUCUGUUAUUGUAAAGAGUGGGGAUGACUGUAGGCAGGAGCAUCUGGCAGUUCAACUUAUUUCACACUUCUAUGAUAUUUUUCAAGAAGCGGGUCUACCUCUCUGGCUGCGCCCUUAUGAAGUGUUAUGUACUUCUUCUUACACUGCUCUUAUUGAAACAAUUCCAGAUACGGCUUCUCUACAUUCUAUCAAAAGUAGAUACCACGGCAUAUCAAGUUUACGUGAAUUCUUUAUUGCCAAGUAUCAAGAAGAUUCUCCGAGUUUUAAACUUGCUCAGAGGAACUUUGUUGAAAGUAUGGCUGGAUAUUCCCUGGUUUGCUACCUUCUGCAGGUGAAGGAUAGGCAUAAUGGGAACCUCUUAUUGGAUGAAGAAGGUCAUAUUAUACAUAUUGAUUUUGGGUUCAUGCUUUCUAAUUCACCUGGUGGUGUUAAUUUUGAGAGUGCACCUUUUAAAUUAACUCGGGAGCUUCUUGAGGUCAUGGAUUCUGAUGCUGAGGGCAUUCCAAGUAACAGAAUUGUUAGCUCCCUGCUGUAGUCCCACUUUCAUCUAUUAUAUCCCUGCUUCAUUGUCUGGUUUUAGCAAUUUAGCUCCUAUAACAGAACAGGCUGUGUUAUGAAUUUUUUUUUAUUGUUUUCCCCAACCUAAUUCAUGCAAUAUGCCAACUUCCAUUUUUAAUUAUUGGCCACCACUGCAAGCUGUUUAAUAUUCAAGGACUAGUCCAACUUUGCCAAUUCAGUGAUGGAUGCCAUAUCAAAUAAUCUUGCUAGCUAUCUACUGAGUGAAAAAUCUCAUUAUAUUUGAAUUCCUUAUUUAUAGAGUUAAAGUGAUUCAAAGUGUACUAUAUUUCCAAACAAUUGGAUACACACAUCUUGUUCGAAGAGCAGCUGUCUGACAUGAUGUGUAGUGCAUAUUUGCUUGGUCUGCCAUUAGGUUAAGACAAAUGAUGAAAAAAUUGGGCCGGCGUCUUUUGUCUGACUGAAAUACGAAUGAACUAUUUGGUCCAUUGAGAAAAUAAAAUAUAAAAGAUCAGGUGAUAAGAGAAUCAGAGGGAAAUGGUUGAAUUGGUCCAAAACAAGGUGGUAGAUAACUCUUCUUUUUAUUUGCAGUGGAUUGCAAAUAGGUGAGGUUGUUAUUUUUUCCAGAGCAUGGCUACAAAAAAAGGUCACCAGGUCUUGGGAGUGUCAUUCCUUCCAACCCAAACAAUGUGAAAUGAAAAUGCAACCUGUUAUUUGUUAAACUGAAAUUUGUGCAUAAAGGUUACAGACGUUACACUAUUGCUUGGUUAGAAGUUUCCUUAUUUCCCUGCAUUGUAAAUAAUGCUUGAUUGUAACCUUGCCGAAUGCCUCAUCUUUCCACAUGAUCCUAGAUUUCAUUUCACCUAUUUUAUGUGACUUUUGAUAGUCAACUGUCAAUGUACUUUUUUGGCCUCUUAAUUUGUAUUAGAAUUUAAUUACUACUCUGGCAAAUUUACACCAUCAAUGGAGCUAUCAACUCUUGUUAUUAACUUAUUAUGCAUGUAUGUGGGCAUCAGAGGUGAAAGUCAGGAAUUCAUGAUGGGCUUUCCUGAAUUAUU